GUAACCGGAAGUUAUAUUUUCCUAGACUUUACACGGGUGCUACGCAAAAAAAUGUCUGUGCGCUGUGAAAAGAGAUGAUUCGUUACAAAAUGAGAUGUAUUCUAAAAUACGCAGUAUAACCUUAGUUUAUUUCACAGACAAAACCUACAUUGUUCAUAUUUAAAAGCUACUGGUGUUUUACUUUGAAAAGUUCCAAGGGAUGUAGAUGUUGUUAAUAACCCCCUUUAGGUUCAGUUAGGGUCAGGAUCUACGAAAGGGACACACCACAUAACGUGUCUCUGUCAUUCCCGUGGUGUUUUCACACAGCCUGAGCAAUUAUGUCAAUGAAACAUGCCCAGCCUCACUUCAGCCAGUCUCAGGUGACUGAGAUGAUGAAGAGGCUCUUCGACCUGACGCCAUCAGAAAUCCGCUCUCUGCCGAGCUAUGAUGACCAGAACUUUCAUGUGGUGUCCGCUGAAGGUGGCGAGUACGUCCUGAAGAUCAUGAACUCAGAGGACAGCAAGAACUACGUCCUGAUUGAGAUGCAGACAUAUGCUAUGUCUGUCCUUCAUGAGAACGGACUUCCUGCACAAACAGUCGUGCCCACCACCUCAGGACAGCUCAUGAGCCUGGAAGAAACAGAUUGCGGCUGUGGCCCACAGAAGUACCUGGUGCGGCUGAUGACUUAUUUGCCUGGGACCACCGUUUCCAAGGUCCCUUUAACACCACAGUUACUGUAUGAAAUUGGCAAGACAGCAGCCAGGAUGGACAAAAUCCUGCACAAGAUGGAGCACCCUCAUCUUGGCGUGCUGCAGAGAGAGAAUUUCAGGUGGAGUCUGUCAAAUAUUCCCCUCCUGGAAGGUUACAUCCAUUUAUUAGAUGGAGAACCUCUUCAGGAGGUUGUGAAGUCUGUCAUUCAUCAGUACAAGACCUCUGUGAUCCCUAAACGCUCCAAUUUCCGCGAGUGCAUUAACCAUGGGGACUUCAAUGAACUCAAUGUGCUUGUACAACCUGAGGGUGAUGGCCACAGGAUUUCUGGCAUUCUUGACUUUGGGGACAUGAACACUGGCUACUUCAUCCAUGAGCUCGCCAUCGCUAUCAUGUACAUGAUGACCAUACACCCAGAACCUGUAGAUGUGGGUGGACCUGUCCUCGCAGGGUGGGAAAGUGUCCUUCCUCUCAACGAGGCAGAGAAAGAUUGUCUCUAUGUGCUGGUGCUGUCCCGCUUCUGCCAGUCGCUGGUUUUAGCUCGUCACUCCGUGAUGUUGCAUCCAGAAAAUGAAGAGUAUCUGAUGAUUACAUCCAGGAGGGGCAUCCACGUUCUCCAUCGACUCUGGGAGCUUGGAAAAGAGCAGGUGGAGAAGGUGUGGUUUCAGAGUGCUGCUCAGUUCAGUGACAAGAAGUGAAAAAUUAGUAUGAAAGCCAUUCACCCUUUCAAUGAACAACAGGGUGAUUCUGCUGAGCCUUUUUUUGUGAAUCAAGUGUAAUUUUAAGAUCACCAGUAAAAAGAAUAGAUUAUGUUUCAACACUAAAAACAUUUUGCUCUUGACAUUCAGACAUAAUGUAGUAGGAAUACUAUACAGUGUCUGAAUCCAAGAUGACUAAGGUAGCAGAUAUAAAGGUAGCAAUAGUAACAAUAGAUCAUGUACUGUAAAAGCAAAAUGUCUAUCAAAGAAAGCAUUUAAAAAGAAGAUAGGGAAAAGUGCUUUUUUGUGUAAUAAGUGCCUAAAGUCACGAGGGAUUAUACACUCCAGUGGAUGUGUACCUUGGUGCUUCUCUGUAUGGUAACAGGCCACUUGGCCAGGCAUUGGAUUGAUUUUUAUGACAUUUCACAAAGAAAGAGACUGUUUACAGCAAACACAUCAGCAAUGUAAGAGACUACAGCGUCUCCUCUGUAACAGAUUUUAUACCUUGACCAGCCAGUUUCAUUAGAUUUACCAAUAAUAAAGACAAAUGUAAUGCUCAGGUCACAUGUCAACUAAAGUGCAAUAAUGUCCUGCUAUAUGGAUUGUUGUGCACAUGAGACCUUUGUACAGUUAUACAUUAUGUUUCUCUGGGAAAUCUACCUCAACUUUCAGACUGUGUGUUUUAUACUUUGCCUGGGUCCAAAUGUUAACAGUUUAAUACUGUUAUACUGCUCCAAUUAGACCAAUAAACAAAAGAACAGCCCCUUAAAUACUCGGUUGCUAUUUUUUAUAUAUACUUAAAAGUGUGUCAUAAAUGUGUAUGAGUGGAGUGGUGAGAAACAGUUUUUAACUCAGUUUCUUCCAAACAGAAAAGGGCUUAAACGUGGGGAGUGAAGCUACACGACACACUAAGAAUACAGAGGAGACUGUCUAACAAGUGAAAGGGACAAGUAUCUUUUAUAUUUACAAGUCAGUCAGAGUCUUGGUGACCCAGAGAAAAUAUUCUUGACCACUUGCAGGAACAUUAGUGGUUAUUUGCUUCAGGUUUGGAGUCUAUAUCAUAUUGUAUAAUUGCUGUAUAUCACUGCUGUGUAACCAAUUUAAUUUUACCAUUGCACAACAUGUCAUAAAUAACUCUCCUCUCUUCAAGAGAAUUUGUACUUACUGUCACAUUUUUACCUUUAUCUGUUCCUCAGCUGACUAAAGGGCACGUCUGCAUUUAUCCAAUAGAUAAUGUAUUUUUAUGGUCAUUGGACCUGCAUCGUAAAACAUCUUUUGAGUUACUACACUUGUAAAACAGGAAAUUGGUCAGUGUAGUUAAUACCUAACUCACGUACAAGAAGUGCUGAUUUCAAAAAGAAAAAUACAUCAUGAGUGUGAAGGUCUUUGCAUGAGCUUUGCUCGAGAAAGCCGCAAGCACUAAUUUCACAGGCUGAGAAAUCUGCCAGUUCUCAACAGACAUGUUUUGAACGAGCACUACACUAGUGAUAACAAAUGAAACCGACACUUUAAAAACUACCAUUAAAAGAACCAUUACUAUCGGAGCUUAUCAGUAGCAUGGUCUUCAAUAAUUUUGCCCUGGGGCCUGUUUAAUACUGGGUUUCAGUACUCAUACCUAGCUAUACCACUCAGAGGUUGAGGCUGCCGAUUGAAUAGGCCGUUAUGUAAUUAUUUCAUGCAUUUCUGCAAAGAAAAUUAGUGAAAUUGUUAGAUUUAAAGUUUAAAAAUUUCAAGAUAUAAACUUAAACGUCACAGAAAAAGGGAACGGACAGACGUGAACAAAAGCUUUACUCACAGAGCCUUCACUUUCUGCUGAAAAGCCUCAUUCUGAGUUAGAAAAGUACACAGUUAAGACAAUCAAAGAGCUAAUAGAACAAUGGCCGAGCAUCAGGGAGAAGAAAACACUAAAUCUGUCAGAAAUGAAGCCUGUUAGGUAUGAAUGAUUGUUACAAUUUGAGGAAAAUACAUAUUAUAGACAUGAAAUUAUAGAAAACUUUUUCAAUCAGGAAAACUGAACCCUGACGUUAUAUUCAGAAGAAACAAUUGGCUCGAAAUUCAGCCAAAUUGCUCUUCUUAGACAAAAUUCCUGCAGUUACUCACUAUUUGGGUUAAUUCUACAGUUUGAGUUGCUCUGUACUGUUAUUGUAAUGCAUUGGAUAGAUAUGAAAUAUCUAUAAAAUACGUCACGUAGUCAGGGGUUUUCAGUUUAUCUAAUGUAAGAAAAAAAUGGGUUCCUUGAGGAAAAAGGUUAGGAACCACUGGUUUAUGCCAGCGAUCAACAACUGGAGAUCUGAAGGGCACAUCCGGAAGGAGAAAUCUCGCAAGAAAUCUCGCAAGAAAUUGAAGAACGGAGGAGGAGAGAGAGAGAGAGGCGCAACAGGUAGAGGACGAGAGAGGAGGAAUGGCUGCUGCAAGGCUGCGUAGCUCUGGAGAUUGGUGGUGUACCUGUGAAUGCUGUGCCCCAGUGCCCACAGAAGAGGAAUGCCUCUGUUGCAAGGAAUGGGACCGGUUGCAGCCUUAUUUUCAAGGUCUGGAUGUGACCGAGGAC